AUGAAGAAGUAUCUCUCUCUGCGGCAGCAGUUUCUGAAAGCAGAAGCACUAUUUAACGUGAAAGUUAUGGAUGCUAAUCACUCGUUCUUCUCUUGUAAUAGCAUUGACGGAGAAAAUUUGGCCAAUGAAAUAGAAAUUUUGAAAAAGAACAUGACAUCAUUAAUAAAGGCAUUCGAUCAGUUCCGCCGUGCGGUAACAGAAAACCUGGAACACCUUCACGGCCACGAAAGAGAAAUGCACGGAACCUUACAUAAAAUUAUGUAUGAUCACCAACAUUUCAGCAUGUCUCAUGGUGGAAUGGGACAUCAUUCCAAGCAUUCACACCACCAUCAUGACCAUCACGGAGAUUCGCAAGAAGAAGAAGAAACCAAAACGGACAGUUAUCAUGACCAUCACGGAGAUUCGCAAGAAGAAGAAACCAAAACGGACAGCUAUCAUCACCACCAUCAUGGUCACCAUCACUCUGAGCAUAACCAUAUGAACUUGUUUGCUUUCAAUGGCCCACGAGCUCAUGGAGGACACAGAGUCUUCUAUGGAGAUGAGUAUGAACAUGCCAUCUGCCGGAUGAUGCCGAAUCGAGCCAUUCCCAAAGAAAACCAACAGAAUGUACAUGGAAACGUUAUUCUGUGGCAACAUAAAAAUGGUGGCACACUACACGUACACGUACGUGUUCGUGGAUUCAACGUCUCUCGACACGAGGAUGGGCACCACCCUGGCGCGAAUUCCCACCAGCACGGGUUCCACGUGCACUCAAAAGGUGAUCUGAGUGACGGCUGCCAGUCGACAGGCCCACUUUUCAACCCAACAGACGAACAACAUGGCGGUCCCAGCUCUCCAGUAAGACACGUGGGAGGUUUCGGCAAUAUUGCUUGCGACCAGUUUGGCGUGACUAACACGAUCCUCACAAAUUCAGCAGUUUCUCUCAUUGGACCCAACUCCAUCGUUGGUAAAGCCCUAGUGAUCCAUGCUAAUCCACAUGACUUUGGGAACAGCCCCGAUAACCCAGCAAAUCUUGUGAACGGUAACUCAGGGACUCGUCUCUCGUGCUGCAUUAUAGAGAAGACAGAGCACCAUCCCGUAAGCGUCACAAACGCACAGUUUAAAUCUAGAGGUCAUGGUCAUCACGGCCACCAUUAAGAUCUACUGAAGAUGCCUUAUUUCGUAGAUCUCCUUUGAGAUUAAAUUGUCAUAUUCAAGAAUGUGAAACCUGA